AUGUUGUCCAAACUCCUCUCUAUCAUAUUAAUUUCAAGCGCUCUCGCAGCGUCGCAAACCCAUCUCCCCUAUGCCAAUGAGCCAAAUCGAUGCGAUGCCACUUGUCAAAUCGCCUACCGACAGGUGCUAGCUAUGGAGGCAGAACGAUGGGUCAAUCAAGAUAUCACCACUGAUUCCUUCUAUUCAACCCCCUCAAAUGUGUCAAAGUAUUCGACUGGAGAUAUCCUAAAAUGGGAAAAGAUCCCAUCUGAGCAGGCUUAUCGGCGAUGGACUGUCCCUGCUGGCAUAUCUUUGAUUCGUUUCUUUUACAUGUCUGAGGAUAUUAAAGGGAAACCCCUUGCAGCUACUGGCAUUGUGCUUAUUCCAUACUCCAAUCCGCAGGGGAACAAGCCAUUCCGUACUGUUGUUUGGACGCACGGAACAGCUGGCGGAACCCGACAGUGUUCACCAUCGAACCAUCGCGCACUACUCUAUGGGUGGUCAGCUCCGUUUGCUCUAGCCCUUGCAGGUUACGUCGUUAUCGCCCCUGACUACGCAGGCCAGGGAAGUGAGGCUCAAGGCCUUAUGUACGAGGCUGGUAUUCUCCAUGCAGCAGAUGCCAGCUUAAGCGUCCAGGCUGUACGCAAGGCUCUAGGCAGCAAGAUUACGAAGGAGUGGGUUGUUAUGGGUCACAGCGAAGGCGGAAUGUCUUGCUGGCGCACCAAUGAGCGAGAGGCAAAACCGGAGGCUACGGGCGGCCUAAUUGGGGCGGUUUGCGCUUCCCCUGGCCUUGUUCCAAGCAAGAUUAUUGCUGAAAUGAUCCGUCGUGCCGGAGAUGGACCCGCUGGAGACUUUCUCUCUUCCCUCAUGCUACAAUCGGUUUCAAGGAUCUACCCCUCUAUCAAAGUUAAGGAUUAUGCUUCUGAUAUUCUUCUUGCCCGGAUGCCUCUGGCCGACCAAGGAUGUUUCUAUACUUCAGCUGCCCUCUACAGCAACCUAACUGUCAGCCAACUCUACAAGAACACCAGUUGGAUUCAACACCCCGAUUUCAUCAAGUGGGAGACAAUCUAUAAUGGUGCAGGACCUCAUAAACUGGCAGCUCCAUUACUUGUGAUCCAAGGUACCGAAGAUACCUUGGUAUACGCUGACACAUCUGAGGAGGCCUUUGACGAAACAUGCAAAGAGUUUGCUAGCUCGACGACUGCUGAGUUUAGGCUAUACCCCGGCCUUGGUCACGGUGCGGUUCUCCCAGCUUCACAGCAAUACUUCCUUUCCUGGAUUGAGGAUCGCUUCAACAAGGUCUCUCUCAAAAAGGGCUGUAAGAAGCUGACUUUGACGCCCGAAACCGACAAUUUUUCCCCAGUUAAUGAUGAAUGGGUUGCAGUACUUAGUUAA